AUGUCGUUCUCAUCUGACCUAAUUUUAGUUUGUGCCAAUACCAUAAGUAAGAAAAAAAAAAUUCUGUUACCUUCUUUCCAUACUAAGUUCAUGACAAUGAAAGCUGAAAAAUCAAAUGUUUCACCACAAAAUGGUUUUUUCAGCUUUCAACUUCAAUUUUGUAAUCAAAAGUUUUGCUUCAAAAGAGGCCUACGGGAAAACAUCGAACGCCGACAAUAUUUAAAGCAAAUUUCAAAGUACAUUCAAACUCGAUUAAGUCUAGAAGUCUUCACGUCUUUUAUGGGGCAAUUUUCUCUUGAGAUGUUUUUUCGUCAUGCACUUCAGAAUAUCUUGACUUUAACAGCUCAAUAA